AUGGCGGCGCUGCCUGGUGCGGUCCCCAGGAUGAUGAGACCCGGCCCGGGGCAGAACUACCCGCGCACCGGCUUCCCCCUGGAAGUGUCCACCCCUCUUGGUCAAGGCCGGGUCAAUCAGCUCGGUGGGGUCUUCAUCAACGGGCGACCUCUGCCGAACCACAUCCGUCACAAGAUAGUGGAAAUGGCCCACCACGGCAUCCGACCCUGCGUCAUCUCCCGUCAGCUCCGUGUCUCCCAUGGCUGUGUCUCCAAGAUUCUGUGUCGGUACCAGGAGACUGGGUCCAUCCGACCUGGGGCCAUCGGUGGCAGCAAGCCCAGACAGGUGGCGACUCCGGACGUGGAGAAAAAGAUUGAGGAGUACAAGAGAGAAAAUCCCGGGAUGUUCAGCUGGGAAAUCCGGGACCGGCUGCUGAAGGACGGCCACUGUGACCGAAGCACGGUGCCCUCAGGUUUAGUGAGUUCGAUUAGCCGAGUGCUCAGAAUCAAGUUCGGGAAGAAAGAGGACGAUGAAGAAGGGGACAAGAAAGAGGACGAUGGCGAGAAGAAAGCCAAACACAGCAUCGACGGCAUCCUGGGCGACAAAGGGAACCGUCUGGAUGAGGGCUCAGACGUGGAGUCAGAACCCGACCUCCCACAGCGCAAGCAGCGUCGCAGCCGGACCACAUUCACUGCUGAGCAGCUGGAGGAACUGGAAAAGGCCUUCGAGAGGACCCACUACCCAGACAUCUAUACCCGAGAGGAGCUGGCGCAGAGGACCAAAACUACGGAGGCACGCGCAUCUUCUCCCCUUCAGGUCUGGUUCAGUAACCGCCGUGCCCGCUGGCGCAAGCAGGCAGGAGCCAAGCUGGCUGCCUUCAACCACCUUCUGCCCGGAGGUUUCCCACCCACUGGUAUGCCCACCUUGCCACCCUACCAGCUGCCGGACUCUACCUACCCCACCACCACCAUCUCCCAAGAUGGCGGCAGCACAGUGCACAGGCCCCAACCCCUUCCACCGUCAACCAUGCAUCAGGGUGGACUGGCUGCAGCUGCUGCAGCAGCUGACACCAGCUCUGCUUAUGGAGCCCGCCACAGCUUCUCCAGCUACUCGGACAGCUUCAUGAACCCGGGGGCCCCCUCCAACCACAUGAACCCUGUCAGCAACGGCCUGUCUCCUCAGGUGAUGAGCAUCCUCAGCAACCCGAGCGCGGUGCCUCCACAGCCCCAGGCCGACUUCUCCAUCUCUCCGCUCCAUGGAGGCCUGGAGUCUGCUUCUUCCAUCUCAGCCAGCUGCAGCCAGCGGGCCGACUCCAUCAAGCCAGGAGACAGCUUGCCCACGUCCCAGUCCUACUGCCCGCCUACCUACAGCACCACUGGCUACAGUGUGGACCCUGUGGCUGGCUACCAGUAUGGCCAGUAUGGCCAAACUGCUGUUGAUUACCUGGCCAAAAACGUGAGCCUGUCCACACAGCGCCGCAUGAAGCUUGGGGAACACUCCGCCGUGCUGGGACUUCUCCCUGUGGAAACGGGCCAGGCUUACUAG